GACGGCCGUCGGGCGGAGGAGGCGGCCCCAGCGCCAUUUUGUGGGAGCGAAGCGGUCGCUGGGCUGCUCCUGGAUCCCCGGCUGCUUGACUCUCCCUGUCGGGCCUCCUGUCAGCGGCCUAGCGGAAAAACAGAAGAUGUCGGAAUAUAUUCGGGUAACGGAAGAUGAGAAUGAUGAGCCCAUUGAAAUACCCUCAGAAGACGAUGGGACAGUGCUGCUGUCCACAGUCACAGCCCAGUUUCCAGGGGCCUGUGGGCUGCGCUACCGCAACCCGGUGUCCCAGUGCAUGCGAGGUGUCCGGCUGGUGGAAGGAAUUCUGCAUGCCCCGGAUGCUGGCUGGGGAAACCUGGUGUAUGUUGUCAACUACCCCAAAGAUAACAAAAGGAAAAUGGAUGAAACAGAUGCUUCAUCAGCAGUGAAAGUGAAAAGAGCCGUCCAGAAAACAUCUGAUUUAAUAGUGUUGGGUCUGCCGUGGAAAACAACUGAGCAGGAUCUAAAAGAAUACUUUAGUACCUUUGGAGAAGUUCUUAUGGUUCAGGUCAAGAAAGAUAUUAAAACUGGUCAUUCAAAAGGGUUUGGGUUUGUUCGAUUUACGGAAUAUGAAACCCAGGUGAAAGUAAUGUCACAGAGACAUAUGAUAGAUGGACGAUGGUGUGACUGUAAACUUCCUAAUUCUAAGCAAAGCCCAGACGAGCCUCUGAGAAGCAGAAAGGUGUUUGUUGGGCGUUGUACAGAGGACAUGACCGCUGAUGAGCUACGGCAGUUCUUCUGCCAGUACGGAGAAGUGGUAGAUGUCUUCAUUCCCAAACCAUUCAGGGCUUUUGCCUUUGUUACAUUUGCAGAUGAUCAGGUGGCCCAGUCUCUUUGUGGAGAGGACUUGAUCAUUAAAGGAAUCAGCGUACAUAUAUCCAAUGCUGAACCUAAGCACAAUAGCAAUAGACAGUUAGAAAGAAGUGGAAGAUUUGGUGGUAAUCCAGGAAUACUUCUGUCUACAUGCUUUCUCAUUCAAGAUUUCGUCAUCACACUGCACAGGCUGCGUCUUUGACGCCCUGAAUGCAAAGAAUUCAUAGCAGUUAAUUCCCCUUUUUUGACCCUUUUGAGAUGGAACUUUCAUAAAGUUUCUUGGCAAUAGUUUAUUUUGCUUCAAAUAAACUUAUUUGAAAAGUUGUCUCAAGUCAAAUGGAUUCAUCACCUGUCAUGCAUUGACACCUGAUACCCAGACUUAAUUGCUAUUUGUUCUUGCAUUGUCCAAAGUGAAAAGUUGUUUUGUUUUUCUUUUUAAACCUAGUUUUUAAUAAGUCUGGGUGAGCGCACCUAAAAUGGUAAGCAGUACCCUCCAGCUUUUCCUUAGUGCCUCUGUGCAUUUGGGUGAUGUUCUAUUUACAUGGCCUGUAUAAAUCUCCAUUGGAAAAUCAUGCCUCCUAAAAAUCUUAUUUGGGGGGAGUGGGCAAAACAGUGUUAAUUCUUUUUAAAUGCUUUGUAGCAAAGUAUAUCAAUUGAAAGGGAAUAUUAGCACCUUUUUAGUUUGGUAUUUGAAAAGUGGAAUUAAUUGCAAUGGGGAUAAAAGUAGAAGAAACCACAAAUUAUCUUGUGCCUGAAAUCCAUUAAGAAGCUUGAUAGCUUUAAGAACUAUCAGGGUGUGGUGGGUUGUCUGUGAAAGUGUUAAGUGAAAUGGGCUUUGUCUUCCCAAGGUGGGGGUAAUGCAGUCAUGCUGAAUAAAAUCGUUUACAAAACUCAGAUUAGACUCUCACGAUGCAUUAAGUAUGUAAAAGCAAUAAUAUAUGGAUUGUUGUGCUUUUUAUGUAACUACUGCUAUGAGAGUUGAGCUUGUUUUCUAAUGGGAGAAUGUAACAGUUCUUGUGUUGAUAGUUUACCUAAAUGCCCUUAUCUAAUUAGAUUUAUGAUAAAUAGGAUUUUUGCAAGUUACAUGUUUUAAACUUUUAUAAGUAAAGUCAUCCUUUAGACUUGUGAUCCCCACAUUGUUUCAUUCAGUUUCCUCUGUAAAAGGAUCUUGCAGUUGUUUAAUUUUUUUUUUCUGCAUCUAAAUUGCAUGAUUUCCAAACCCUGUACCAUCUGAAUUUUGCA